CACGUGCGAUGGGAGCUAAUCAACGCGGCUACUCCGCUCUUGCUCAACUGUGCACCUCGUUCAGUUGACACUCGAGCCUCAAAACUUCCAACUGGAAGCAUGGAGAAGGGACUUAUCCUACCUCUGAUUUCAGGACCCAGUCGGAGCAGCGUGUCAUCUGCUUCCGGCAUAUCUUGGAGACGUGCUAUAGCGCUAGCGUGCACCAUCGUAUGGAUCUCAACGGGUCUCUCUUCUUGGGAGCGAUAUGCUUCCCGAUCUACAAGGGCCGAUAGAAGAAGCUUUCCGGACCUGUAUGACGCGUCCAUACAUGAGUUGCAGACUGGACUCGACGCGGGAGACUUUACGAGUGUGCAUCUCGUGCAGGUGUGUCGAGAAUUCAAAUCCUUCAUGCGCUUCCGCAAAGCCAAACACUCGCCCCCUCCAGGCCUACUUUGCGCGCAUCGCCGAAGUCAAUCCCACGCUGCACGCCGUGAUCGAGACGAACCCGUCUGCGCUGCGACAGGCUGCGGAACUGGACGCGGAAAGACGGCAGAGAGGAAAGAGGGGUUGGAUGCAUGGGAUCCCGGUCCUGCUCAAGGUGUGUCUGGUGGUGCCUCACAUGUAGUCCAUGUCGCCUAUCUCGCUGGCUGGAUCCAGGAUAACAUCGCCACGGUAGCAACUGAAGGUGACUGCCUCCGAGAUCGAAACGAAGCCAUGCUGAAGAUGCUUUUGCCCGAGGAUGCCGGAGUCGUCAAGAGACUGCGGCGAGCAGGAGCCAUCAUCCUGAGCAACAUGUGCGAGUUCGCACAUGCCCGCGGCUAUCUUGCUUCUGGCUGGUCGGGACGCGGCGGCCAGGCGACCAGCGCAUACUUCCCCAACGGCAGUCCCGGUGGAUCAUCCGGCGGCUCGGGCAUCGCGACUUCGAUUGGACUGGCAACGGUGUCGUUGGGAACCGAGACUGACGGGAGCAUUACCUAUCCGAGCAGCAUGAACAACAUCGUGGGCGUGAAGCCGACUGUGGGGCUGACGUCUCGUGCUGGCGUCAUCCCGAUCUCCCUACACCAGGAUACUGUUGGUCCAAUGACGCGUUCUGUAGCCGACGCCGCGAUUCUCCUGGGCUCUAUCGCAGGGAUAGAUCCCAAUGAUAACUUCACCCUCGCACAACCGUCCCCGCUACCAGACUACAUCCAAGCUCUGGACCAGCACGGGAUCCCAGGCAAGCGUAUUGGUGUCCCGCGUUCUUUCGUCAACUCCAGUUUGGCUGCCAAAUAUCCGGUGAUCAUGUCGCAGUUUCAAGACGCCCUCCAUGUGAUGCAGACGCUUGGAGCGCAAGUUGUCGAUCCCGCCAAUGUGCCCACUGCCGAAGAGAUCUUGUCGCUGCCGGAGAUGGAGCGAUCACAGCCAGCCGUCGUCGAAUUCAAGGUGACCUUGAACGAGUAUUACUCCUCACUGAUCUCAAACCCCUCCGGGGUGAGAAGCAUGGCUGAGUUGAUUGAGUUCAACGAUGCGCAUCCCGAACUCGAGAAACCGGAAGGCUACGAGGGACAAGAGCUACUCAUUCGGGCCAAUCAUACCGAUGGAUAUGAUAGCGAUUAUUAUGCAGCCAGAUCCAAGAACUACCGGCUUGGAUAUGGAAUAGACACCGUGCUGAAGGAGCUCAAACUCGAUGCACUAGUCCUUCCACACUUCGUUGCACCUGUCAGUGCCACCCCUGCGAUGGCGGGGUAUCCGAUUGUGACUGUUCCUCUAGGAUUCUUCCCCGAGUCAAGCGGGUGCGCUUCGCGGCUAUCUCCGUGAAACCGAGAGCUUACCCUGGUCAUUCGCAGUACUGAGCCGAUGGGGCCGGGACAAUCUUCCCAGCACCGGGCAUGCCUUUUGGCUUGACUUUCUUCGGCACGGCAUACUCUGAAUUCACCCUGAUUCAGCUAGCGUAUGCAUUUGAGCAAGAAACGCGGGUGCGAAGAUUGGGUCCGCGGGGUUAUUCGAGUGCUGUUCCCAAGACACAGCUAGAUGAUAUCGUACAGCGAGCUCGAGGCAAUCCAGCGUGUUUACAUUGAGAAAGUCCUUUGAACAGAAGCUCUAAUUAGGAUUAUAACAAGUCCAGUGCAGAAAGAGGGCAACUAGGGGAUACAAAUGGUUCAAUCUAAGCGAGACACUCGAAACUCGAUAGCGAAGGAGGGAGGAAGGAUAAAGGAAUAUUACGAAUUACGACGGUCACUGCGAAUACAUAUUAUAAUGGUUAUACACAUCCUCGUAAACGGGCUGGUAAGUGGCGUAGUCGGUCGCACCCCAAUAUUGCGGCGACUGCUGAUACCGCGGCUGGCGUGUCUCGUCCACAGUGUAUCCUGGCCCCAUCACCGCUGUCGAGGGCGACUGGUAGGCCCCCGACGACGCCGAGGCCGAGGCCGACCACCGAUUGGGAGCAUAUGACGUGGGGUAGUGCUCCAGUGCGUAGUGACCCGCGGACGUGUACGCGGCGAACGGACGGAAGUCGUCGAGCGUCUGCGUCGCAGACCGUUUGCGGUGUCGCGGCGCAACAGUCUCGCCCGACAUGUCGUGAUCGUCGUGCUCGAACUGCACCCCGCGCAGGAGCUCCAGUGCGCGAGCGGCACCGG